AGUUAAAAAUAUAUAUCCACCAGCAUGCCCGAGCCAGCCAAGUCCGCGCCCAAGAAGGGCUCCAAAAAAGCCGUCACCAAGGCACCCGGCAAGGGUAAAGGCAAACGCAGAAAGGGAAGGAAGGAGAGCUACGCCAUCUACGUCUACAAGGUGUUGAAGCAAGUGCACCCCGACACCGGCAUCUCCUCCAAGGCUAUGAGCAUCAUGAACUCCUUCGUCAACGACAUCUUCGAGCGCAUCGCCUCUGAGUCCGCCCGCCUGGCUCAGUACAACAAGCGCUCCACCAUCACGUCCAGGGAGAUCCAGACCGCCGUGCGCCUCCUUCUACCGGGCGAGCUGGCCAAGCACGCCGUCUCUGAGGGCACUAAGGCCGUCACCAAGUAUACCAGUUCCAAGUAAAGAUCUCUCGCCCUCGACAAACAAAAGGUUCUUUUAAGAGCCCCACACCACAACCUUUCGAGCAAGUUGCCUUUGUUAUUGAUUAAAGACACCACCUGUUAUUUAGAUCAGGGGUCACCAACAUUUCUAAAACAGAGCUACUUCUUAGGUACUGAUUAAUGCGAAGGGUUACCAGUUUGAUACACACUUAAAUAAAUUGCCAGAAAUAACCAAGUUGCUCAAUUUACCUUUCGUAAAGAAAUUAAUAUAUAUAAAAACGUGGGUAUUUCUGUUUGUCUUUCCGUUGUACAUUUUUUUUCCUUUUACGGAAGGUUUUUUGUAAAGAAUAAAUAAUGAAAAAAACACUUAAUUGAACGGUUUAAAUGAGGAGAAAAAACGAAAAAAGUGAAAAUGCAAUUUUGAAACUGUUUAUCUUCAAUUUCGACUCUUUCAAAUUCAAAAUUCAACCGAAAAAUAUAAGAAAAAAUAGCUAACGUGAAUCUUUUUGAAAAAAUAUAAAUAGGAAUUUAUGGAACAUCAUUAGUAAUUUUUCCUUAUUAAGAUUCAUUUUGGAAUUUUGAUGACAUGUUUUAAACAUGUUUUAAACCCAAUCAGCAGAAAAUUGAAAAAAAAUAGAAGAUUAAAAUAAAAUACAUCAAAAAAUAAAUAAAAUCGGUCUUAGCCGAGGCCCUGGAGUGGGGGUGCAGACUGAGGCCAAGGGAAAAAAAAUAAAAAUAAAAAAAGGGGCCGAGUAUAAAAAUAUACUGAAAGAGCAGAAGCUUAACGAAAAAUUAUAGUUUUCUUUUAUUAUUUUUGUCACUAACUAUAGCUACUUUGAUCAUAUAUAACAUAAUUGUGUGGCUUUGAUAUUUAAGUAUGAUUGUAACCUCUACAUAUUAAACACUGGGCUUUCUAACAAUUUGAAA